UGUUGGUGAAACACAGAGCGCAGCCUCUCUUUCUUCGUUAGCCUCCUAUCAAGUCUAACUUGUUUGAAACUUAACUUAGUCGCAGAGCUCAGCUCGUAACGACUGCAGCAUUUUGUGAUGCUCGGUCCAAACAUGUCUGAUAUGUUGUCGCUGCCGUUCAACGUCUUGUCGUCUUAACUUUUUUUUCAUGUGCGCCACAGAGUCAGACACCGAUUGAUGCGACACUGAGGAGUGAGACCUCGUUUAUUCACCUUUCUCUGGUGUGUAAAUAAACAGCAGUCUGCCAACUUAGCCAGCGAAGACUAGUCUGUCAUUAUUUGACAGUAUAAACACACACGGUGCUGUUUCUCUGUGUGAAGGCGACAAAAUAUGAGCAGAGAGUCCAGAAUGAGGGCGACGAUAAACCAGAAGCUGACAGAGAUGGGAGAACGAGAGAGACUGAAGGAGUUACUGAGAGCUAAGCUCACUGAGUGUGGAUGGAAGGACCAGAUGAAGGCUCACUGCAAAGAAGUAAUCAAAGAAAAAGGCUUGGAGCAUGUCACUGUGGAGGACCUUGUGGUAGAGAUCACUCCUAAAGGAAGAGUCUUGGUGCCAGACAGCGUCAAGAAAGAGCUUCUCCAGAGAAUAAGAGCCUUUUUAACUCAGCAUGCCACAUAAUGUUUUAUUUUUACCAUUUUAACAUUUCAUUAGACCACUUGCCUAUAAUUGAUGAUACAGAAUAUUUUGACGAAUAGAUUUACUUGAAUUUUCAGUGAUGUACAGUGCUGACUCGCACUUACCUGUGACUACAGUGAUCACAUAUUUGUAAAUGCACUUACCUUGCACAUUUAGCUGAGCUUUGUAUAUGAGAAAUAAAGUUUUUGAUUUACCGGA